AUGUCUUGGGAAUCUAAAUCUGCCGUUAGGCGACGACAGAAUAGCUCUGUGAGCUCUUCUAGAUCAUUGCCGCACCAUAUAAGACAGCAGUCGAAGCAACCUCCACAGCCAAAAUCUCCUCAUGUUACCGACCCAUUCCUCCAAAGCUUCCUCUCUCCAUCGUUUGAUCCAGCCGACUAUCUUAAUUCUUCACUUCCAACACUCCAAACCGCAACGUCCUCAUCCUCAACUCGAACAACAGAAGGCGCGGUUCCCUUAGCAGAACUAUCUAGCCAAGCUCAGACGCAACUCUCCCAAUUGAAUGCCCAUACAACGAGGUUGACCACUAUUCUCACGCAAUUGACCGACGAUAUAUUACGGAGCGGGAGCCGCCUAGCAUACGAGGUUGAACUCCUGCGCGGCGAGACGCUAAGCCUAUCGGAGACAUUGUCUGAUGGUUUACGUGAAGAGAUCGCAAGGUUCAUUCCGGAAGAUACACAAGAACAGCCAAAUACCAAAACAAAUGGAGCUGUUACAGCUACUGAGAGACGACCCCCAGAGUCGUCAGCUUCCAUAAGCCUAGAAUCUAUUCCACAAAAUAGUACCAGUCUAGACCCACCAUAUAUAAGUCAACUGCAAACCUUGACAUUAGUACGUUCACGAUUGGACACCGUGGUUAAAACAUUUGGUGAAGCUAUGGAAUUUGUGUUCCCGCCUUCUGAGCUUUCCGUCAGCUCGUCAUUCCUCUCCGUCUCAGCACCGGAGCCAGGGGUAGAAGCACACAGCACAGAAGAAAAAGGACAACAAGUACUCAAACAGCUAAAGGAAGAUAUCUCAACUUUGCUCACUAGAAGUACCGAUCCUGUUGAAGGGAUAGAGAAAGCUGCACGCCGUAUUGAAGAGCUUAAGGAGCUAACAAAAGUAUGGAAUGGAACAGCAGAGGAGAAAGGAAGGACGAAGUUCAUUGAAGGUCUAGCCAAAAUGGUUGAGGAUCGGCACAAGGAAUUACUGAAGGAUAUAGAGCAAAAUGGCCGCCAAGAUAGCAAGGCAGACCUAGAUAACAGUUCUAAGAAAGCUGCUCCUACUAGCUCUGAUGGAGGCGGCGCGGAGAAUAAACCCCUGUAUGGAAUAAUGAGCCAGUUACAGAGGCUCCGGGCUGGCCUACAAUGA